AAACGUCUGAAGGCUCUGUAGCUGUUCUGAUAUAUCAGUGCAACAGCUGAUCCCAGAGCACCUGUGCAGAGCUGCCCGUGAGUUGUUUGACCGAAUUGUCAAACUUUUGCAUUUUGAUGGGUCACUACAGAAGAUUGUGAUCCAAUGCGAUCUUCCUGGUCUGAUUAGAAACGCAAAUAUGACCAUACAAUUUGUUUUGCUGGUUAAUAAACAAGGCCAGACACGGCUUGCAAAGUAUACCGAUCAGAGCUUGUCAGUGGAGGAAAGAAGAGCUUUGGAGGGCGAGAUUGUCAGGAAGUGCUUGGCUAGAUCUGAGAAGCAGUGUUCAUUCACACAGCAAAGGAACUUCAAGGUUGUAUACAGGAGAUAUGCCUCUCUCUUCUUCAUCGUGGGGAUUGACAAUGAAGAGAACGAGCUUGCGAUUCUGGAGUUCAUCCACUGUCUGGUGGAGACUCUCGACCGGUACUUCAGCAAUGUCUGCGAACUGGAUCUGAUGUUCAACCUUGAGAUGGCGCACUUCAUCGUGGAUGAGAUGCUCAUGAAUGGCUGCAUAGUGGAGACCAACAAGCAGAAUAUUCUGGCUCCCAUCCAGCUUCUAGAGAAGGCUGCCUGAAAUUUAAAAAAGCAGGGCACUCAGUACUUUGCACAAUGCACUAAUGCGGCAAAGGGCAGCUUUAUGCAUAUGGCAUGAUUGUGACAAGUGCACUGAUUGCAAUGUCUUCUGCUCGGCACCGCUUAAAGCACUAGUGCAAUUGUGUCACUUUAUUACAGGGCUAUUGUGAAAUCCUUAUCUGAAUCAAAAGGAUGCUAACCCUCAGGGCUCGAACAAUGCGUAUAUUUUAUGGUGUGGCAAUGGUCCUCGGUUAGGAGUCACAUCUCCCAUUGAGAAGUUCAGUCCAAGUACGGGUAAAUGGUCAUCAGGCCUAUUGCAGGUAAUGUUUCUGAUACAGCGCUCUAGCUGGAACCAUAAAUACAAGGAAAGGCUCAACAGGAAGACUCGACAUCACCACCGCACAGGUCUUGAAGUAAUUACGACUCCACUC